AUGACAGCAUAUUCACAGAGCACGCAUGGUCCAGAGAGCCGAAUCAAAACUUCCUGUAAGCCUUUCACGUACUCGCACCUUUCAAAUAAAUCGAUAUUAAGAGCUUUGGUUUUGUUUAGGUUCGCCAAUGCCUUUUUUGUGAAUUCUUUCUUUCAACCCGACGAGUUUUGGCAAUCGUUGGAGCCGGCUCAUGUCAAAGCGUUUGGUUACGGGCAACUGACUUGGGAAUGGGAAUAUGGACUUCGAAGCUACGCUUUUCCAUUUGUUUUUGAGCUGGUCUAUAGAGCAGUUUCACUUCUUGCGAAGGCUAUGUCUCAUCUGGUGGCCAUUCAUGUCGAUGUUUUCGUACUGGGAGCGAGCAAACUUGUUCCUGAUUCCACUUUGGCGUGGAGCAUGGCAGCUGAAAUGCGCAGCUUCCCACAAGAAAUUCAGCGGUUCGUCGAGUACCAAGGUGUCAUUUACGGCCCCAAACUCCUUAUGGCAGUUUUUGCCGGAGUUGGGGAAUUCUAUGCAAUUAAGUUUACUGAAAGGAUCUAUAAUAUGUGCUUUGGAGGAAAAAAGAGUGCAUUAGAUCAACGCGCCCAAGUCAGAUUCAGUGCAAUGGUGCUUUCUUCCACUAAUUUUUUCAAUUGCUUCAUGAUCACCAGGACUUUCGUGAACACUUUUGAAAUGGACCUCACAAGUAUUGCAUUUUAUUUUUGGGAUUGGACGAAUGGCGAGCACGUAGAGGGCACUGCUUUCACAAAGAGCUUACUUUGUGGUAUCUUUCUGUGCAUUCAAAGACCAACUAAUGCCUUCAUAUGGCUACCCAUGGGCCUGUGCUUAUCGUGGACUCUCUUAUCCAAACGCAAAUAUGCUUUGCUCGCAAAACUAAUUGCCAAAGUAUGUUUAACACUAAUGGCUACUGUUUUUUUCACCACUGCCAUCGAUUACUAUUUCUAUGGCGAGCUAUUUCUUCCAGCGGCCAGAUUCAUCAACUUCAACUACACCAGCGCCCUCUCUACAUUUUACGGUACAGCCCCAUGGCAUUUUCACAUUUUGCAAAGCGUCCCUCUCAUCGCGGGCUACUCGUUUCCUGUUUUGAUCUAUGGGUUUGUAUCACUGAGGGCCGAGAGCCAUAAGCUAUUCGGCUUAGCCGAUCCGUUGCAAUUGAUAAAAGCAAUCAUCAUAGUUAAUAUCGCCUUAUACUCGUUGAUUGGACACAAGGAAUUUCGCUUCCUUUAUAAUCUGCAGCCGCUUUUCCUAGUGAUCUCUAGUAUUGCUACUUUGAAAUUGUUUUCAUUUAGAGACUCCCGGCCUCAUUGCCAACCCCAAUGGUAUUAUUGGAUUAUUCCCUUCACAUCAUUACUUACAGCCCUGCUCCUCUCAUGCUUCCACGAAUCCGGUGUCAUUCGCGUUGUGAAGUUCCUACACCAUGUUCCUGACCUUCACAGCGUUGGUUUUGUGAUGCCCUGUCACUCCACCCCCGGGCAAUCCUUCAUUCACCGGAGUGACAUCCAUGAUAUCUGGGCCAUAUCUUGCGAACCCCCUCUCCAUCUUUUGUCAGACCCUGAUGCUGCCAUCAAACUGCCAUCAUAUAUGGAUGAAAGCGAUUACCUUUACGACAACAUACCCAAGUUUGUUUAUCAAAACUUUCCCCCAGUUUUCCGUAGAAGCCUAAGGUCACCCGGCAAAUCCUACUCCCAUGAGUGGCCCGAAUAUCUGGUAAUCUUUCAGCACCUUGACGAGGUGUUCAUGGAUGAGUUUCUUCAGGAUACCGGAUACAGAAAGGAGGUCAGGUAUUUUAAUACCCUCAGCCAUUGGGAUUCGAAAAGGGCUGGAGACGUUGUCGUAUAUCACAAACCACCAUGGAUAUAG